UACCCCGUGAAGACUAACAGUUGGCAUCAGUUGCAACCAGUUCUUCAGCUAAGGUAGUAAGCAGAUCCAAACAUGAAGUUAGCUUUGUUUUUUGCCUUUGUGGCUGCCGCUUCGGCUUUGCCAUCACAAAACGUUGGACUUUUCAAAAAACUACCUGUCCUAGCUGAUAUUGGGCAGAAAGUUGACAUCCAAGUUCCACAACAAUAUGAACUUCAAGGUAAUAUUUUCCAAGUAGCUGAAUACGUUGCUUACCAAUUCAGUCAGGCGCAAAAGCUCGGCUACACUGGCGAACAAGUUUCAAAUUACCUGGUAGAACAGGGAUUCCCUCAAGUAGUUGCCGAGUAUCUUGCUCAACAGUAUGAAGCUGGUUUGGACCAAACUUACUUCCAAACACCUUACCAAAUGUUCAAUUAUUAUUACAACUCCGGUGUUUCUCAAGAAGCUCAGAAAUACCUUGCUGAACAAAUCGCUCUGGCCUAUCAGCUAUAUAUCAACUACUUAGCUCAAUAUGGAGAAGGAGCCUACCAGCAGCAAUAUCCAGGAGUUCCCCAGACUAUUUCCCAAUACGUUCUCCAGCAAGGCAAAUACUACAAUCAAAAUGGCGUAAGUUAUUCAACUGUGCAAUAUUCUUCCGCGCAAUUGCUGCAAGCUAAACAGUAUGCUCAAAUUGCCCUACAAUACUUCGCCAAAGGACAAGUACAACAACAGGCUUACCAAUCUGUAUAUGAGCAGUUAGCAAAGGCUGUAGAAUUAGUGGAGAAAAUUCAAACUUUGCCGGUUUCUUACCAGACCAAGCAGCAGUUUAUUCCAUACUAUGCUGCCCAGUACUACUCUCAGUUUGUUCUACAAGUUUACCAAUACUUGCAGAAUGCUUACCAAAGCACUGUAAGCCAAAGUCAAGUUUUUCCGCAAUACUUCGUCCAGCAAGUACAAUUUGCUUAUUUGGCUGCACAUAAAGCAUACCAAACAUACCAAUUCAAGCAAAGCAACUCAGGAUUCCAGGGAACAUUCAACACCAACUUAGCUGCAAUCAACUCAAACCAAUUUUAUGGAAGUAACCAGAUUUCUGGAAAUACUGGCACUUUUCAAGUGGUACAGGCCGCUAAAUCCCUUGUUCAAUAUGUUCAAGAGCUGACCGCACAAGGAGUCGUUUCCCAAGAGUUUGCCUACUACUUUAUUGAGCAAUUGAAAUCGGUUGGCGUUUACCCAGGACAAUACCAACAAUUGAUGCUGACUUUUGAGAAUCUGUACCACUACGUACAGAACUCUAGCGUUCCUGUACAAGUUAUGCAAUAUUUGAAACUGCAAAUCCAGUCCGUUCUCCAAACUUUGCAACGUUACCAGUUCCAACCUCAGGCUCAAUACAGCCCAGUACAAGGUUUGAUCCAGAGUUAUUUCAACAAGAACUACCAAUAUCCAUCAAGCCAAAGCCAGUACCAGUAUGGACCUUAUAGCACAUACGCUAACGCUCGCCCCUACUCUUUGCCUUCUUACCAAUAUGGACUCUAUGGACCUCAGAACUUACCAUACAAAUCAACUGUUGGCAGCUACGUUCCUUUCCAAUUCCAAGGAAACUAUCCUUAUGUUUACUAGAAUGUGCAGCUUUUUCAACUGCUGUUUGAUCGACUUCACCUCAAAUUGGAACAUUAAGUGAACAUAUGGAUAUUACCUUUUGUAUUCAUGAACUGUAGUUAGUAGUCCUAAGUUGAUGAAUUUCAAUAAAAAAUAUUUUGGUUGCAAACAUA